AUGUCACAGAAAUUUCAUUUAUAUCCAUUAUAUAACAACGCUAACAACAAUAACAAUGAAGAUGCUGAUAAUUCACUAUUGGAUUCAGAUAUUAAUAACAGCUAUGGGAGUAGUGAUAUCAAUUCAAUUAACCAACUAAAUGAUAUCAAUUCCACCAAUAUCACAAAUGAUGAAUCACAUAUUGAAAAUAUCCAUCAUCCUAACAAUAGUAAUUUUAAAUUUUUCCCGUAUUCAAAUAAUAAAAUGAUUAGAAGUACAGGCACAUUAGAUCUAUCCUUAAGUAUGAUGAACUUUCAUGAAAGAACCCAUAAUAAUAAUAAUAAUAAUAGUAAUAAUAAUAAUAAUAAUAAUAGUAAUAAUAAUAAUAAUAAUAAUAAUAAUAAUAGUAAUAAUAGUAAUAAUAGUAAUAAUAAUAAUAAUGGAUGUAAACAUGACUCACAAAGUAAUAUUGAUCAACAUGGACAACGGGAUUAUGCACCAUAUAUUCAAUGGCCAAUUACAUCUGAUCAACAUCCAAUAACACCAAAAUUGAAAAGAACUGCAUCUAACUUACAUUUGUCACCCAUUAUAAAUGAUCCACAACAUGCUUUAACUAAUUGGAAAUACUCGAAAUCCAACUCCAAUUCCCAAAUUAAAGACACUAAAAACAAAAAAAUAGAAGGUUUGUUGAAGAAACCGUUAACGUCUCAUCUAUUACCUGCAAAUGAUAUAUUCCCUUACAAAAAAAACGUUCCUUCCACAGAAAUGAAAAAUAGUUUAUCGGUAUUCGACCAUAAUACUGGACUUCAAUCAAAAUUAUCAAAUAAAGACACAAUUAGGACUAACAGAAAUAAGAAGUCAAUGAUUCCAAAUACACCCAUUAAAAAAAAUCCAUUGAAAGAUGUAAAAAGUAUUUUUUCACCAAAUUUUGAUGAAAAUAAUGUAUCCCCAAAUUUCAAAAAUAGACGUGGUUCUAAUAACAUGACUCUGUAUAAUGAUGACAUAAAUGGUAUUAAUAACAAUCUGACAUUUACUAGGUCUCCAUCAAUACUCACACCUCAACUGAAACUACCAUCAUUGAGUGAAUCACCUAGAAGCAUAUCCCCAUUUAGAAAUAGUGACAUGUUAUUCUUUAAUAGUUUACAAGACCAUAAUGUCAACGCAACCCAGUAUCACCACAAUAACAAUAAGAGAUUAAAAAAAUUUAAAAAAUCAAGAGAGUCUGUCAUUUUCAAAAAUGUUGAAUUAACCAACAGUUUGCAACAAUUUACUGAUGAUUUAUAUGGUACGGAAGACAAUAUAGAUUUAAUGAAGAAUAAUGGUAAAUAUUCUCCAUCAAAAGAUAAAGAAAUUGCUGUUUUACCUGAAAAUAUGUUAUCGUUUUUUCAUAAAUUUCCACCUCCUGUAAAAUUACCAACAAGAGUCAAAAAUACUAUUUCUCCAGUUAGAACAAUUGAUUCAAAUACGAACAGUCCAGAAGAUCAAUAUUUAUCUACUCCUACACGUAAAAACUUCUUGCAUAAUAAACAAUCAUCAAAUGAGACAAACAAUUUACAAGCAUCUCAUUCUCAGCUUAGUCCACCUCGAAUAGAAAUUGAUUCUGCAGAAACUUCUAAUAAUGAUCUUCAUAGAAAUGCCACCAAUAUGUCGUUGAACAAACAACGGCACAUAAAUGCUUGUAUUAAAAAUCGAGCAGUAUUAUUAUCUGCACCGAUCAAUCCAGAUAGUCAUUUAUAUGAACAAUUUAAUAAUGUUCAUGUAAUCGGUGAGGGACAAUUCUCUAAAGUAUAUCAAGUAACAUUACCAGAUACAGGUCGGAAAUAUGCUGUAAAAUCUGUGAUUCCAAACAAACAUAACCCAAAGGCUAGAAUCAUUCAAGAAAUAUCCUUGUUAGCUGAAAUUAGUUCAACUACAUCUGAAGAUCGGGAAGGCAAAGAAUAUGUUAUUAAUUUUAUAAGUUCCUGGAUAGAAAUGGAUGCUUUCUAUAUUAUGACUGAUUACUAUGAAAAUGGCAACCUUGACAAUUUUCUUGAAGAACAUAUUAUUUCAAAAAAGAAACGUCUAGAAGAUUGGAGAAUUUGGAAAAUUAUCGUAGAGUUAUCAUUAGCGCUGCGCUUUAUACACGAUUCCUGUCACAUUGUUCAUCUAGAUAUUAAACCAGCUAAUAUUAUGAUCACUUUUGAAGGUAAUUUAAAGUUAGCUGAUUUUGGGAUGGCUACCCGCCUUCCUUUGGAGGAUUUAGGUUUUGAAAAUGAAGGUGAUAGAGAAUACAUUGCCCCAGAAAUCAUUUCUGACUGCAUCUAUGAUUUUAGAGCUGAUAUUUUCUCACUAGGAUUAAUGAUUGUGGAAAUUGCAGCAAACGUCGUACUACCUGAUAAUGGAAAUGCAUGGCACAAAUUGAGAUCUGGUGAUCUGUCGGAUGCAGGCAGAUUGAGUUCGAAUGAGAUCCACUCCGAAUCUUUAUUUUCAACAGCCAGCACCAAAGUGGAUAAUAAAUUCAGUGAUUACACACAAUAUUUAAAUGAAAAUGCUACUCAAGUUAAUGAUGCUAAUAGUACUACAAUUACUAAUAACAUUGAUAUAGAUAAAUUUGCUAAAAAUAAAAGUGAUGUACCAUUAAGAGUACCGUCCCCAAUUUCUAAAAUUCCUGCAUGGGUUCCUAAAUUUUUAAUAGACGGUAAAUCCUUGGAAAAGAUGGUUAAAUGGAUGAUUGAACCAGAUUAUAGAAAGAGACCUACAGCAAGUCAAAUAUUAGAAACAGAGGAAUGCCAAUAUGUUGAAGCGACUAGAAGGGCAGGUGCUAUUAUUCAAGAAGAUGAUUUCGGCCCUAAGCCUGACUUCUUUGGUCAAUGA